AUGACUUCCGUCAAGAAAUGGAUUGCUCAAUCCCCGCCCGUCGAAUGGGUCACCCAGCAGGCCCGGGAACUCCUGAUGGGCACCUUACGACAAGGGCCGAUCCCACAACAUGUCGCCUUCGUGAUGGACGGCAACCGUCGGUUCGCGCGCGGCAACAAUAUGGAGACGAUUGAAGGGCACAACUUGGGUUUCGAGGCCCUUGUGACGACGCUGGAAGUGUGCUACAAGGUCGGCGUCCGGGUCGUGUCCGUGUAUGCGUUCAGCAUCGAGAAUUUCAAGCGGUCGAAGUAUGAGGUGGAUGCCUUGAUGGAUAUGGCGAAGGUCAAGAUCGGGCAACUCGCGCAGUAUGGUGAGCUGAUGCAGAUGUACGGGGUUCGGUUCCAGUUUCUGGGCAGGCGAGAGAUGUUGCGACCCGAUGUGUUAGAGGUCAUCGACCGGGCGAUUGAGUCGACCAGCAAGAAUGGACGAGCCAUCCUCAAUAUCUGCGCUCCAUACACCUCACGAGACGAGAUCACCACCGCGAUCCGCGACACCGUCAUCGACUACAGCAAACCCGUCCCCCCCUCCUUCAAGCGUCCCUUCUCCGAGAAUCGUAUCGCCCGCAACAUCCGCGCCCAGCAACUCGCAUCCGGCAGCGAUGGCCCUGCGGAAAACGACUCCCAGUUCCAACCGGACGGCGCUCCCCAAACCGAAGCAGGCGCAUCCCAAGCCCCGGACAACACCACCAACGGCCGCUCCGACGCCGACUCCGCCUCCGUCACCUCCGCCUCCCACACCUCCAACACCCUCCGCCCGAGCACCACGACCAGCACGACCUCCCCGACCACCUUCCCCGACCCCGAAACCAUCACCUCGGCGACGUUGACCGAUUACAUGUUCACGGCGGGGAUGCCGCCGCUCGACCUAUUCAUCCGCACGUCGGGCGUCGAGCGGCUGAGCGAUUUCAUGCUGUGGCAAUGCCACGAGAACACCGAGAUCGUGUUCGUCAACUCCCUGUGGCCGGAGUUUGGGCUGGCUCGUUUCUUACCCGUCCUGUUGGAAUGGCAGUGGGAUCAGAUGACUGGGAAUCGGGGCGGAAAGGGUCGGUGGAAUGGGAGAGGGUUGAAGGUCGCGUAG